AUGCAAGGCACAAUUCGUUGUAACCUUCACGACACUUUCACCGCCUUCAUUCAAAUCGUAGAAGAAGAUUCAAGUUAUACAUUUUCGGAUAUCAUCAAGGAGAAAGUAUGGACCAAUAAGCCAUCAAAUAUUACACAUAAUUUUUCGAUCAGAGGGACUUAUGAGGAAGGAGAUGGGCUUUUUGUGAGCUAAACUUGGAUCUACGUACUUUACCCCAAUUUUUUCCAGGACGAUGGGAUGUACGAACCAUUGCUCUUCAUUCGUCACACUUGUAUGGAUCAAAUAAACCGUGUCGGAAAUGUCUAUCGAACUUUCAAACCGGUUCCACAAACUGCGGCUAGUGCCAAUUUCACAGGAUUGACCAUUAAGUUAGAUAAUCGGGAAGAUUGUUGUUCAUAG